CACCUUUAAGAAAACAUGAAGAAAGACCAAAAGAAGAAGCUGCCAUGAUAGGACCAGGUCCUGAGUUUGAGUGUGUCCAGUUCAUCAACAGCUCACAGAGCCCACUGUUCCAGCAUCACCUACUCAUGAAGAGACUCAAGGAACCAACAGGAGGAGGAGGAGGGGCAGGUGAUAGUAUUGGUGCUACUUAUACAGGACUGGUGAUGGGAAGGACACAAAUAAAGAAACAGCAACCUCCCUCAAUGACGUUUAAAGAACUGCUCAGAAAUUCAAAAAAACUUUCAGAAAAAAGAAAUGAAGCAUAUGAAAAACAGCUAUUAAUGUAUCAGCAACAAGUCAGUGAAGCUGUUCAAGAGAAUAAAGUAGCCAGAAGAAAUAUAAGAAAUGAGACUCAGAAGCUCCUAAAGCAGAGGAAUGAGGUGACAAUAGAGGCAGAGAAGAUAAUGUCAAAAUAUACUCCACAAUAUCAAGUCAGUUCAUACCUAGCUGAUGUGACUCAUGAUGACUGAAAUAAUAAUAACAAUAAUAAUAAUAACAAAAAUAAUAAUAAUAAUA